AAACCACCGACUUCGUUAAUCAAUAUGAGUUCUGUUCAAGUCGAGUCCCUAUGCGGGACUAAGAGAAAAGCUAAAUCUAAUUGGAUCAAUCUUACCUUAGGUGAAAUAGAGUAUCAAGAAGAAAUACGUGACAAAGAAGUCCAAUUCUUAAGAGAGAAAAUCGAGAAGUUAAAAUCUGAUAAUUUUAUGCUCAGAAAGAGAGCUGAAUAUUAUAAACAGAUGGCUCUAAAGGCAAAGGGCGAGUCUGCCAAAAUAGAGGAAAAUUUUGACAUAUUCAAGAGAGCUAGUCAAAAACUUGAAAAUUAUAGAAAAUUUGAAAUAGACGACCAGAGACACCUGCUGGUGAAUAUGUGAAAGUGUAUCCUUAGUGACGGAUUCUCAUUGAGAGGUAUUACAUUCAAUAUGAUCUCAACAUUGAUAAGAGGAAACCUUCCUCCUGUUGAUCAUCAAAAUAGUCAGGACGGCAAGAAGGCCGGCUUCUUCAUCUAUUUUAAGGACAAAGAGAUCCAGAUCUCAUCGAAAGAGAAGGAACUCUUUAAGAAUUUUCAGAGCAAUCAACUCCUUUUAGGAAUGCUAACUGGCCAAGUGGAUUCGUGGCUGAAAGAAAUGAACACAAAAGCUGAGAAAGAUCCCGCUUCAAAUUGUCAGAGAAACUCUGACGAUGCUGAAGGAAGACAGCAGAGGACUCUUCAUACCAUGGAUAAUUCUGGUCUUUUGAAACAUGGAAGAAGCCUAGUUCCGAAGUUCGAGUAA